AUGUCCCUCGCUCUUCUCAGAACCUCUACCGUCCGUCGCGCUGCCUCGACCGCCGCCGCGCCCGCUUCCACCGUCUUUGCUCGCGGAAAGGCUACCUUGCCUGAUCUCAAGUACGACUUUGGCGCGCUCGAGCCCGCCAUCUCUGGCCAGAUCAUGGAGCUCCACUACACCAAGCACCACCAGACCUACGUCAACGGCUACAACGCCGCGAUCGAAAAGAUCUCGGUCGCGGCCGACAAGGGCGACAUCCGCACGCAGAUCGAGCUGCAGUCGCAGAUCAACUUCCACGGCGGUGGACACAUCAACCACUCUUUGUUCUGGGAGAACCUCGCGCCCAAGUCGCAGGGCGGUGGCGAGGUGCUCGAUAGCGCGUCGCCGUUGACGAAGGCGAUUGUGGCGAAGUAUGGAAGCUAUGAUAAGUUGAUUGGCGAUGUCAACACUGCUCUUGCUGCUAUCCAGGGAUCCGGAUGGUCGUGGAUCGUCAAGAACAGCACCACCGGUGAAAUCGAAGUCAUCAACAAGCCCAACCAAGACCCCGUCACGGGCCCCUACAUUCCCCUCGUCGGCAUCGACGCCUGGGAGCAUGCGUACUACCUCCAGUACAAGAACGUCAAGGUCGACUACUUCAAGGCCAUCUGGGACGUCGUUAACUGGAAGACCGCCGAGAAGCGAUUCCUCGCUUAG